AAUAACGACGUAAAAGCUGGCACGGUCCGCGGUCUGCAGGGUAGCUGUAGAUUAUGAAACCUUGCAACAGUGUAUGAAAUCACAUGCACAUUCUCGUGUGUCUCAUUUACAGAACAGAAGAAAAUAGCACCUUGCUAUGGUUGACUAAAGGCGGAGAUGUCUGACACAGAACUUCAAGCAGAUGAAUUAUUAGCACUGACAAGUAUCUAUGAUGAUGCUAUCUUAUCCGUCUCCCAGGAUGGUGAUCAUGAAGAUAUUGGCGGGCAGUUUCUGUCAAGUGUUCAUCUGCCCGACACAACCAUCAAGAUUGUAAGCCGAAGUGAAAAAGGAGGAAACAAGGAUGCUAAGAUUAUAGAGGAUGUCCAUGAGGUGAAGUUCCUUCCGCCAGUAGUACUGAACUUCCAACUUCCUGCUGACUACCCGUCCUGUAGCCCUCCACAGUUCACACUGUCCUGCAAGUGGCUCAACAGAAAACAGUUGACUGCCCUUUGCCACAAGCUGGAUGCUAUCUGGGAGGAAAACAAAGGAAAUGAAAUUUUGUUCAUGUGGACCAGCUUUAUGGCAGAGGAGACUUUAGAAUUUCUAGGGUUAGAGUCCACUAUAGAUCUGACUAAUGCCUUUGAUAGCAGGAAAGGUUCUGACACAGAGCCAAGGGCUAUACAGGAUAUUGGUUCCAAGGAUCGACUUAUCCCAACUGUUUUGGAAUAUGACAAGCAGGAGAAGCAACACCAGUUUGAGAAGACAAUGUUCCAGUGUAAAGUCUGCUUCUUGGACAAACAGGGAUCUUCUUGUAUAAAAUUUCUAGACUGUGACCAUGUAUAUUGUAAGGACUGUAUGAGGGACUAUUUCACAGUUCAGAUUGCUGAGGGAAAUGUAACGGCCCUGAGCUGUCCUGAUGACAAGUGUGAAUCACAGGCUCAUCCCUCUCAGGUGAAGGCCCUGGUCAGUAAGGAGCUAUUUGACAAGUAUGAGAAACUCUUGCUCCAGACUAGUCUUGAUAUGAUGGUGGAUAUCAUGUACUGCCCACGGCCUGCAUGUCAGUAUCCUGUUAUGCUGGACAGAGAAAGCAACAUGGGGUCCUGUCCAUCAUGUAGCUAUGCUUUUUGUACACUUUGCAAACUGGUCUUUCAUGGAAAGUCUCCAUGUCGAGUUAAAGCUGAUGGUUUCAAAAAGCUGCGAGAGGAGUACCAGAAUGCUGAUGAGGAGAAAAAGAAGUUCCUAGAGAAGAAGUAUGGGAAAAAGACAAUAGAACAGGCCUUGGAGGAAGCCUUCACGAAUGAGUGGAUGGAGAGCUUUGCCAAGCAAUGUCCAGGGUGUGGAGCACAAAUACAGAAAAUGGAUGGUUGUAACAAGAUGACGUGUAUGAAGUGCCGUUCCUAUUUCUGCUGGCUGUGUAUGGCUGAGCUCUCCCGCAACAACCCAUACAAACACUUCAGCCAGCCUGGCAGUGACUGUAAUAAUCGCCUGUUUGAGGGUAUGGAAGAAGAUGAUGAUGAUGAGGAUUUUGAUUAUGAUUUCUUUUUCUGAUGUUUUAUGUUUGAUUCAAAGUACGAGUGUGAUCUGCCUGUGUGAUUGUUAUCUUAAUUUUUAAUUAUUUUUUUAAUCAGUGUCUUUGUUGAAGAGAAUGCUACACAGAAUUUAUGAUUAUAUUCUGAAAAAACCUAUACAUACUACUUAUAAACUAUUAUUUUGCUGAUCAUUGAUUGAUCUAUUGCCAAAAGUAAACCGAGGACAAAGUGCAUGAAAGUACUAAGUCCAUAGUCUACAGUCCAAGUUUACGUGUGACAUAAUUAUUUGAGGAUUAAAAUGUAUAUAAAUGAUCCAGUCUAAGGUCAAAUUCAUGUACAGUGUAGUUACCUCUGAGGUCAUAGUUUGUGUGAAUUCCAUGACUGUGUUGUCUUGUGUGCAUUGUAACUACUCCAGAAACGUUGCCAUUACUCAUUACCCAGUUUGUUUUCCAUUUAUGGUGUUGCUCAGCAUUCUGUAUUUUGUGUCUGUUUGAUUGCAUCUUCAAUUUUAUAAGAUGCCUUAUUUAUUUUGUUGUUAAAGUUUGACACUUCGCUCAAGUGAUGAUUUACAAUUUAAAAUGAAGUUAAAUUUCUAAGUGUCAGUGUGCUGUGUAAAAUAGCAGCAUAGAAAUUAGUUUUAGAAUGAGAUGCUUCAUUAUAUUUAUUAGUCUACUGUCUGUGAUGAUUUUGAAAGUACCUUUGACAAAGUUAAAUGGUACCAAUUCAACUUGUAAAUACACAUGUUUUAUCUUUCUUUCUCCUUUAAAAGGUUUUUUUUCACUAUGAUGAAGGAGUUGAAGCAAGAUUAAAAAUGUUUCUUUUCUCUCAUUCUUGUUAUCAGCAUCCAAACAUCAUCAUCAAGAAGUUGCAAUUAGCAAAUGUUUUAGAAAAAGAGCUACAAUAAAAAUUCGGACAAACAGUAAGAUUCAGAUUAUUUGGAUCGAAAAUAUGAGUAGAUAUAUGAAUAGAGACAAGCAAUGCUGAUAUAUAUUUUAUGUGAAUUAUCAUUUAGGUAGACAAUACACUGUCAGGGGCAGUAACUCUGUUUGCUUUGUUGUCUCCUCAGAUGUGUUCUGUUUUAUCUGGAAAUAUUAACGUUAAUCAUAUAAAGAAGAGUUAUGCUUCUUCUUAAGGUUUAAAGUUGCUUUUUGUUGGAAACAGAAUUUAUUAUAUAUAAUAUAUAUAUCUAAAUGAUUUUCAGCUUAAAAUAGUUACAUAAGUGUCAUUGUAAUGAAAUUUUAAAAACUUGAAAUGGAAACAGUAUUCACUAUUUUCU